AGCACACCUAGGAAUGAAGUAGUGCAGUAUAUGUUUGUGUACAUAGAAACUAAAUAUUUGUUGGCAGCGCUCGAUUUAAAACUAGGAUUUGGAGGAAUUUUGAAGUGUGCUCAAGAUGCUGCGGGACAUUCUUUACAAAGGAAAAGAAUUGGCUGACAAAGUAACUAACAUCAUGAUGAAUUAUACAGAGGUGGAGUUGAAGGUUCGUGAGGCGACGAAUGAUGAAAUAUGUUGUCCUCAUGGUCGACUUUUGCAAAAGUUGGCAGAUUACACAUAUACACAUGACACAUUUCUUGAAGUUAUGUCUGUUUUGUGGAAGAGAAUGCAUUCUGAUGGCAAUUGCUCUUGGAGAAGGGUGUAUAAGUCAUUGUUUGUCCUCGCUUUCCUGUUACGUAAUGGAUCUGAUUAUGUUGCGCAAGCAGCUCGAGAUCAUAUCUAUGACAUUCGUACUCUUGAAUCUUUUCGUUACUUUGAUGAGAAUGGAAAAGAUCAAGGAAUGAAUGUUCGUAUCAAAGUCCAAGAAGUAAUUGAUCUUUUACAAGAUCCAGAAAAGUUACAGGAAGAGCGUCAAAAAGCCAAAGCCAGUAGACAUCUUUAUACAGGAUAUGGGAAUGCUAAUGAAUCAGAUUGGGGUUAUUCUUCAUAUGGUAGCAGAGGUGGCGGUGGCGGUGGUGGUGGUGGAACGGAUUAUUAUCGACGAUCUGAUUCAUUUGACAAUUAUGAUAAAGACGAUUAUAUAUCAAAAAGUUAUACCUUUCAAUCGCAUACAACGCCUAAACCGCCUACAAUGCCUCGAUUGGAAUCAGAUUUACCACCGCCUAGAUUGGGUAGUUUUGAUGACUGGCAUGUGGGUAAAGAACGUGGUGUAAUCGAUGAUGUACUAGAACAAUUCAAAGAAGCUUGGGAUAUGGCAAAAGAAUCCACAAAAGAUUUAAUUUUCACCAAAAAAUCUCCAGAUAUCAGAACAAAUGAAUCAAAUCCACGUAUGGUAUCUGAAGAGGUGUAUGAAUUCCCACCAGAUGCAGUUGAAACUGGUGGUACAUAUGAGCUUAGAACACAUUCAGCAGGAUAUGGCAAUGAUCAUCCACCUGUACAGAAUAAAUUCUCAUCAUCUAUUAACUCUUCAAAUUUAUCCAGUAUUAAUCAACGUAAUAGUAAUGUUAUUAAUAACAAUAAUAAUAAUAGUAUUCAUGGAAAACCACAUUCUAAUGGUAGAUCGGUGGAUCAUAUGCAAAAAGUUAUUGUUGAACCUAGACAACCGGAUUCUAGCAGAAAUAAUCCAAAGCCAAGACCACCAUCUUGUGAUUUAAUGGAUUCAUUUGGUAAUUUGACAAUCGGUUCAAAUCAAGUUAUUGAUCUUUUUGAUACUUGUGAUACAAUACACAGUCCAACUGGCAGUACCAACUCUCAACGACAACAACAGCAACAGCACCAACAACAGUCUCAGCAUGUGCAAAAUGCUUUUGUAGAAAGUUGGCCUGAAAGUUUAACUCCUUCAAAUGUAUCUUCGAAAACCAAUACUAAUCAGAACUACUCUCCUAUUUCAUACCAAAAUCAUGAUAAUUUAUUGGAUAAUGAGUUCGGUGAUUUUACUUCGGCAACUGUACAGUCUUCUUCUAUUCCUGUGAAUGCUUCCACUGCCGUUACAAAUUCAUCUCUUUUAUCAUUUGAUGAUAUCGAUUUUCCUUCUUCAAAUACUAAUUACCAAACGACUGGCGGACAAAAUCAGUCCUUUUGGAACAAGCCAGCUGAAGAAAAUCGACAACAGCAACAACAACAACAACAAGAACCACUUCAAUCCAAUCCAACUUCACCAUCCAAAGGGAAAUCACUUAAUAUCGGUAGUACAUGGAAAGAUUUAGAAACACUGAGCAUUGAUUUAGAUUCACUAGUAAAACCUGAAAAAUACGGUACACGUGCACAAGCACCAAGUUUACAUCAGUUGAAACAAAGUCAACAACGUGUUCAAUCAUAGCUGGAAUUUUACACACAACUUACAUAUUACCUACACAGAGAUACACCAAAACCUUUUGGAAACAUGUUUUUCCCAAGUAAACAGUAUUGUUAAAUGCGUGUACGACUCACGACAUUCAUGAAUAACUAAUAAUAUUACUACUACUACGACUACUACUACCGUAUUGCUUUACUUCAGCUCAAUAAUAACUUGCUCAUUCUUUGAAGAGGAGAUUCUCUGAUUUAUGCAAUCAGAUGGGUGUCUUUUUAUCCUUAACUUCCUUCCCCCCUCCCUUUCUUCCGUUACUUUUCAUCUUCCCCCUCCCCCCUUUUGUCUCCAUUUGUCUUUCCACCUAUUUUAUUUCUCAAGUAACCAUAAUAUUGUUUGUUUUACCUGAUGUAAUAAUGAAUGAAUUCUUCCCAAGAAUUACACUUUAAACUAUUUUUACGGAGAUAUGCAUGUUUUAUUAUUUGAGUCGGUUAAGUUUAUUAUUAUUGUUAUUAUUGUCUUUCAGGUAUAUUGUAUAUUUUUUUUAAAAAGGUUUACACUCAUUCUUCCUUGCAUGUCUUCUAAUUCCUUGUCAAUCCAAAUGAGAUGAAUACUGACCACGUCAAUUGAGUGUAGUGAGUAGUAUUCUGUGAAGUUAAACAUUGAUUGAAUUGAAUUCAACAGAAAGAUGAUAAAAGAAAAGAAAUAUUAUUUUUCUGUAAUCACAUUUAACUCCAGUUGUUUGUUUGUUUUAUUUAUUUAUUUACUUAUCAUCUGUCUUUUUUCUUCUUUUUUUGUGAUAAGUUUAUUUUGUAAAAUUUACUUUACAAGCGUCUGUGAUUGUAGUAUAAUAUUCAUUGUUAUAUACAUGAUAAGUAUUCUUGACCUAGUGUUUUACGGUUUUCCUUAUCUCCAUGUUGAGUACUGUUAUAAUUAUGACUAUGAUUAUCAUUAUUAUUAUUAUU